CGACCGCCGCCGCGCAGCCACCCGCCGCCGCCGCCUGGGCCUACGAGCGAGGCGCCAGCAGCCUCAAGCCCAGCUUAAGCUAUGGAGGAGGACAUGCAUCACACUCAGAAACCGAUCUUCUUCACAGACAAACAUAUGCAGCUUCUCAUCAGCUUCCAGGAUAUGCUACCACCCACCAUCCUACUGGUCUUUCUGGAAUAUUUGAUACCAGUAUACAUAGUACUGGAAGUAACACUAAAGAAACGUCAGUUAUGAACUUUCUCUCUGCAAUUGAAUCUCGCACUGCUCAAGCUGCUUCAGGAGCUACCCUUUUACCACAGUUCAGAGCUCCAUCGUGGCAGACAGGUAUGCAUUCCUCAGCAGCAACAGAGCUAUUUGUUACUGGAGCAUUGCCAACCUCUGGAACAUUUCCACCAACAUCUGCUUUAUCAGCUUAUCAGCAUCCCAACUCUUUCAGCAGUAGAAACUUUGCUACUACUCCAUCUCUUACACUUCAAGAUUCAACAUUCAGUGCUACAUCAAAUGGUCUUUUAACAGCUCAUGACCCUUUAUUGCAAAUCAAGACAUCACAAGGCACAGUUCCAACCGCUUUGACAUUUGAACGGCUAGGCAGCUCUGUUUUAAGUGCCAGCAUACCACCUCAGUCAUCAACGUACCGUUCUGCUCAAGAGUCUGCACCCCAUCUCCUGCAACCUCAGUUUAGUUUGUUGCCUUCAACACUUGGAGGAGCUCAGCAGACUUCUCAGGCAUAUAGCACAUCUGUCUUUUCUGGUUCCACUGCCUCCAUUGAUAGAGUACUUCAGAGAGAAUGUAGUGUUAUUAAACACCAUCAGCGGCCUUCAAAUACACAAUCUGUUCAGGUACAACGGACUGGUUCCCAGCAUUCCUUACACAGUUAUUUAUCAAGUACAAGUGUAGUUAAUUUUCAGGAUACAUCCAGGCAGUCAGCAUUAUCUUGCAGUCCAGUUGGAGAUGCUACUCAGGUGAGCAAUGGAGGAUCACAGCAGAAGACCUCUCAAGUCUCAGUAGAACUUGCUCAGUCUUAUACAUCUGCAAUUCCAUCACCUGGUUUUCCAUCUGCUUCUACAGAAAAAACAAAAAACUGUUCUACAAAGCAGCCAUCAAGGUCAACAAAGACCCCUAAACCUCAAAAUGUAGCCUCUCCUGUGCAGACACAAAGCUAUUCCAAAACUGCACAAAACCAGAGUUCUGUAAUAGCAGGCCAAGCACAAAUCUAUUCUACAGCACAGCUUCCAAGUCUGUUGUCAGUCAGCCAAUCCCAAAACUAUGUUUCCACACAGUCACAGAAUAUGCCAUCUGUCAAUCAUUCACAAGUUUUCUCAUCCAGCAAGGUAGAGAAGCUGCCCUCAUAUAAAACACUGACUUUUUCUGGGCAAUCACAAGCUAUAACUUCUGAUACUCAGACAACACUAAGUUAUACUGCAGAUCAACAGGUAUUAACUUCAGUUCCAAAUGAGAACUACUCUGGACAAACAAGGGAUCUUUCUUCAGUUAGUCAAUCUCAGAGUUAUUCUUCUAAUCACUCUCAGGGUUUAUCUCCCGUUAGCCAAUCACAGGUUAGUUAUUCAUCUCAAUCACAGGUUUUGUCAGCUGUUAGUCCUUCAGAAAGUUAUACUUCAGGGCAAUCCUUAACAUUAACUUCACCUUCUCUUCCAUUUUCUUCCUCCCCUCGUGUUCAAAAUUUGUCAGUCUCAAGCUCAAACCAGAACUAUAUUUCUCUACAUUCUUCUCAGAAUUCUCAGACACAAGAAUCAUCUUCCCCACAGUCUCAAAAGUUUUUAACUGGUCCUACGUUUGCAUCCCCAGCUCAUUCGCGAACACUGCAGAACAAUAGACCUUCCUCAGAAACAAAAACAUACGUGAAAAGGAAAUCUGACUCUAACUUGUAUGCUUCAUCAAAACAGGAAGAUGAAUUGUCAAUGCAAGACUUGCAGGCAUUGCAACAGCAAACUUCUCUUGACUCCUCUACUCAAAGGCUAACUGAUAAUGAAAUUAAUGCUCAAGAUGCUACCUUUAGGGUGUCAAAGGCAGAUGACAGAUAUUCUCAAAGUGUAAUCAGAAGUAAUUCUCAUCUCGAAGAUCAUGUUGUUGGGCUUACUCUUCAAGGGUCAAAAAAAGAUGAGAGGAUGGUUGGUUCUAUGGCACAGCUUACUCAACAGAUUGGCCAUAUCACUAAUGUAGUAAGCCAUGAUAUUAAAAAAGCAGCUAAUAUAAUGCAGACAACACAAGUAAGUGUAAAUGCUAAAGAACUAAACCAGCAGCAUUCUCUUAUGCAUAAGGUACAUGAAAGUAAGGGCCAGGAACAGCAGGGCCAAGUGAUUAGCACACCAUCACAGAUUCAAGCUCAUACUCUGAGGCACGGCAGUCAGCUGUGUUUGCCUAAUGCACAGGUACUUCUGGAAUCUGCCUGUGACUUACAAAUUCUUCAGCAGUCAAUACUACAGUCAGGUUUAGGACAAGCAAAGGCAUCUCCACAUGUGCAACGAAUACAGAGCCCUCACCAGGUAGCACAUCAGUUCCUUCAAAUGGACAGUCACAUUAUUCAGAGUAAUGGGGGUCAUUCUCAGCAACAGCUUCAUCCUCAAAAUGUAGAAGUUAUUAAAAUGGAUAUUUCUGAGUCUUCAAAACCACUACAGCAACAUAUGACAUCAAAAGACCAUUUUACUCAACCUAAUCAACACGAAUCAAGGAAUCAGUUUGUUUCUCUUGGUUCAAUAUGUUUUCCAGAGUCUAUGCUUCUCAAUGAUGACAGGAAUAUAUUGUCUAAUGUGGAUGACAUCUUAGCAGCAACAGCAGCAGCGUGUGGGGUCACACCAUCGGAAUUUGCCAAAUCAACAUCUAAUGAGGAAAUCCAAUCUGUUGAAAAUGGUGAUGAUUCCAAAUCUCAGUUCCAGUCAAUAGAUGUUCAACAUAUAUCUCCUAGUUUCAGUUCCUCACCCACUAUAGUUGGAAAGCCACAUAGCAUAAAUAACAUUUCUCUAAAUGGAAACCAAAUUACUAUAAAUCUUACAACAGUGUCUACAAUACAAUCAAAACACAUGAUCCUUGAUCAGCAUAUGGAGACUUCUGAUCAAAAUGUGUCAGCUAGAAUUACUUCUUCAGCCCUUGGGCCUAGUCAGGAGGAGCAAGAACAAGGGUCUGGCAAAGUUAAGAAACAGUCUAGCAUUAGUCAUGAAUCUGAAGAAGACAAUGAUGUUCCUCUUGAUGGUACCCUAAAUGCUAGAGAUUCAGAGUUUGUUUCAAGUGGCCGAAGUCUAAGUGAAGAAAGUGUUACAUCAGAUAAUGAUUUUAAUAUGGGUUGUGAUGAUGGCAUUGUAGUAGGUAACAAGAUUAAAGGUCUGAUAUCUGUGCUACAACCAGGAGAUGAAAGUGGUAGCAAAACUGAAGAAGAAAACCCAGAUUUAACUCAAGAGAACCUUCAAAAGAAAAAAAGUAAAGGAAAAAGCCAAAUAAAAAAUGCUACAGAAGAUGAUAGUGCAAGUCAGAAGCAAUUGAAACGAAGUGGACAAUGCAAACGUCAGAAUACGCGAGGACCUGACAUAUAUUUACCAUAUACUUCUCCUGUUUCUGAAAGUUGUUGUGAUACUUAUCAACAUCAAGAAAGAAUGAGGCAAAAAAUUAAAGAAGUGGAAGAAAAGCAGCCAGAAGUCAAAACAGGAUUCCUUGCAUCUUUUUUAGACUUUCUAAAAUCUGGACCCAGACAACAGUUUUCGGCGCCUGCUAUACGAAUGCCUAACAGAACUAGGCGACCAGUUACACAGAUAGUCCGUGCCCUGGGCCCCCAGCCACCUUCAAAGUCACAGCAAGCAGCAGCUUCUUUGUCUGUUGAAGUUGAGUGUGAAAGUCCAACAAAAAAAGUUGAUGAUGAACUUAAGAAAAAUUUGGAAACAUUGCCUUCAUUUUCUUCUGAUGAAGAUGAUUCUGUAGGGGGUAAUCACGAUCUCCAGAAGAGCAUUUCUACAGCUUUGUCAGCUUUGGAUGAUGCUUCUGACAAAAAAAACAAAUCAGAAACUGAAAAAAUGGCAGUUGCUUCUACUGCCAACACCACUGCUGUUAUAAAGCAGGAAUCUCCAAACACUAUUGUUCCUGUGGUAAAUGUUCAGGAGAAAAAAAGUUCUGCAGAACCCCUAAAGAUAGCUGACCAAGAUGGUGUGACAUCAGACCAGUUAGCAAAAAUACAGGCAGCUGUUGCAAUAGAAGGAUGUACUGAUGAGGAGAAUACGGACAGUGGAGGAGAGGGCAUGUACAGAGAACGUGAUGAAUUUGUAGUGAAGAUUGAAGAUAUAGACUUGCUAAAGCUUGCUUUACAAACAGGAAAAGAACCUCCAGCUAUUUGGAAAGUACAGAAGGCAUUGUUACAAAAGUUUGUUCCUGAAGUUCGAGAUGGACAGAGAGAGUUUGCUGCUACUAAUAGUUAUCUUGGAUAUUUUGGGGACGCAAAAAUGAAAUACAAACGGGUGUAUGUGAAGUUCAUUGAAAAUGCAAACAAAAAGGAGUAUGUCAGAGUGUGUUCAAAAAAACCACGAAGUAAACCUUUACAGUCUGCAAGAGCCAUUCAUUAUAAACCAAGCAAUUGCACCAGCAAAGCUCCUGACCCUGCAGCACCAAAAUCUACAACAACAAAAGUCUCUUCUGUGAAACCCAAAGCUAAACAGCCAAAAAUAAAGGCCGAACCACCACCAAAGAAACGGAAGAAAUGGAAAGAAGAGUUUUCAUCUUCCCAGUCAGAUUCUUCUCCUGAAGCACAGAGUGAUGAAGAUGAACUUGUACCUCCAUCUCCUUAUUUCACUCGCUUUUUGAACACAAGAGCUAUGAAGGAGACCUUUAAGAGUUACAUGGAGUUGCUUGUUAGCAUUGCCUUAGAUCCAGAUACAAUGCAAGCCUUGGAAAAGAGCAAUGAUGAGCUCCUUUUGCCUCAUAUGAAAAAAAUUGAUGGCAUGCUGAAUGACAACAGGAAAAGACUGCUUUCCAAAUUACAUUUGGAGCAUACAUUCAAGGUGAGCAUCCAUGUUAGUUUUUUUCAGCAUGAACAAUGAGGAGUUGUAUGGCACUUUAAAGACUAACAAAUGUAUCUGGGCAUAAGCUUUCAUGGCUGGAGCCAGUCUUUAGUUCUGAAGCAAAUCCACCAACUACAUAUCCCACAACUAACUCAGGAACUCUGCAACAAACCCCAUUGCCAACUCUGUCUGCAUAUCUACUAUAGUCAUAUCAUCAUAGGACUAACCACUUCAGACACACCAUCAGGGGCUUGUUCACCUGCCCAUCUGCUAACGUGAUAUAUGCUACCUUGGGCCAGGAAUGCUCCUCUGCCAUGCACAUUGGCCAAACUGACUGUGUCUGUGCAAAAGAAUAAAUUAACACAAAUCAAACAUUGAGAAUGGUAGCCUUCAAAAACCAGAUGCCAUACUUGAACAAAAAAAACCUUCAAAAACAGACUACAGCAUGACCCUGCAGAGCUGGAAUUCAGAUACAAACAUGACACUAUCAAACUGGAUGUGAAUAGACACUAGGAGUAGCUAGCUCACUGCAAAAAGUAAUUGUUCCCUUGUUUGGUAUUCGCACCUUCUCAUCAAUGGUUGGGCUUGGACCACGCCAACUCUGACUGAAUUAUCCUCAUUGGUUGUCUUUAAGGUGCCACAGGACUCCUUGUUGUUCUUUCUGAGUUAAUUUCUUCUCUGUAAAUUAACUCUGUCUUUUGGAUGCAGCUGACCAGUGUAUGUGUACUUAAAUAAAUUAGACUUCCUACAAAUGUUGUUCAGAAUAGCACUGUUAGUUAACAUCAGUUGUGCUUCAUUUCUUGGAAUUUUCAUCUUCUAUAAAAUACUCACCAUUCAAAGCUGUUUGGCUCUCUCCAUUGAGUAAGUCUGAUUUACAGCUUAUCCUUUUGACCCACUGGAACAUGGAAAUGACUAGUAUUUUCCUCCUCCUCCUCCCAAUUCAAAACUAGUCCUCUUUUGGGUGAGUGCUCUUCUUUGAAGUCUGUUCUACUCCAUAGGAAUAGACAGUAAUAUUGAGCCAGUGAUGGAUGAGGCAGAACUUCCUGGCAAAAGACAGAAAUUCACAGAAUGCAGUGAAACUCUACAGUGAAUCCAAUAACAGGUAGAAAAUUAAACUCACGGAGGAAAAAAACAAUCUGCUGGAGUUAUUUUUCAUAACUUGAAGACUGCUGCUAUAACUAGUCUACAUUUUGGCCCCUUCAGCUUAUUAGUAUCAAAUUUCAUCUGGUUGAUGAUGUUGUUUUUUUUUCUUUUUGGCAAAUGGAUUUUUAGUCCCCCCCUGAGAUUGUUACUAAGGGGAAAAUAACUGAUCUGUGUAAAACAGCCUGUAAACUGUAGGAGUCUGGAAAGGAGAGUCUUUGAAUCUUUGAAUUCUGUAACUAUUUAUUCAAAAGUGUGUCUUAUCUGUAGACUAAAGAGGGCCAUUAGUUUUAUUCUAACAUUUUAACCCCUUAAUUUCUUCAUCAGUAAGUCCAAAUAUAAGAUUAAAUCUUUCCUGUAAUUUUUUAUAGUCACUUUUUCCUGAACAAUGUAGUAAUUUAUGCAAGUAGAGGAAUACAGUCAGCUAAACAAAUACAUUCUCUCUGGAUGAAAGAUAUUACAUAACACAAUGGAACUUGUAAAAACAAUUAUUAAAAUUAUUCUGCACUUUUGCAUUUAGUAAAAGUAAAAUUACACACUGUUUAGCGUGUGUGUGUGUGAGAGAGCAAUGAUCUCAUGUUUUGCUGGAGAUGUGUAGCUGUGUCUGUAGCAAAAAUGAUGACAGCUAAUGCCAUUGUUUCAUAGAAUCAUAGAACUGGAAGAGAC